AUGAGUUCUGUGGCGCCGGAUACCCCCGCUGUGGCCCUCACCGCGACGAUGUCCUCAGCGAGGCCUCUCGACACCACAACGAAGAAGCGGCUCUUUAUGAUGCAGCGGGCGGAGCGGCUGCGGGACCCAAAGCAGCGGCAGAUGGGAAUCGACAAGCAGGCCCUGGACGACCAGGUGCGUGAGAAGGAAGCCCUUCGGCGCCUUGAGCAGGAGCGAAAUGAGUUUUUCGACCGCCAGGCAUUGCUGAUGGACCGCCACGCGCAGGCGCUGCAGAAGGAGGUGAAUGAGAUUCGCACUGGGCGUGAAAAGGACAUGCAGGACUACCGUGAGACAUACCAGAAGAAGCAGAUGCGACGGGAGUGGGACCUCAACGACCCCAAGUGGAAGGCGAAGGAUUUGCCCGCGCGUGUCGGCGACGAUGACCCCCGCAACGGGGUCUCCUCGCUGCAGAAGUUUGAGGGCGAGGACCUGGACUUCAAGAACCGGCGCCGGGAGCAGCAGCAUCAGCAGCGGAACUGGGCGCAGCAGCAGGUAGAGGAGAAGCUCGCCAAGAAAUGGAUGGAGCAGGAGGCAAACAACGCCUUUGACGAGCGCAACGAGGAGGUCAACCGCCGCAUAUACGACGUGGAGCAAAACAUUGCGGAGCAACGCCGCCUCGCCCGGCAGAAUCAGUCCGACUUUAACAGGGCGCUGGCGGAGCAGAAGCGUCGCGAGGCCAUCCGUGACAAGGAGGAAGACACGCGCAAGGGGAUGGAGGAGAUUCGCUACCACCUAGAGGGCGACUUCCUCAACGAAACCGAAACCAUGGUGAGUGAGCUCGGCAAAAAGGUCAAGGCGGAGCGCUACAAGGGAAUGACGGCGGAGGAGAAGGAAAAGUUGUACCGAGACCAGGCGGCGCAGCGAGAGGCCAUGCAGCGUCGGCGGCUGCUUGAGGUGGAGGAGGAGAAGCACUGGGGGCAGCAGGAGAACCUGCAGCUGCGCAUGGCGAACGCCUUGGAGCGCCAGCGCGAGCGUGAGCGCCGCGCCGAGCGUGAGGAACUCGCCAAUGAGCAGCUAAAGCAGAAGGAGGCGGCCGACAUUCGUCGGAAACAAUUAGAUGAGCUUUACACGAACGCCGUGGACGAAGACUACUUCAAGCACUGGGAUCUCUGUAUGUAG